CUAGGUUCUCUUAGUAGUCUGUGGUAUUUAAUUUAUCUGCAUAGGUACCUAUUUAUACUUCGAAAUCCAUAAAAAAUCUGGAAAAAGCAAGCAACGUAAAAGUUUCAAAGCUUAUGGACGAUAAAUCUUGCUUGGUUGCCGCGGCGAUUAACUAAUUAAUAAAUUAAAUAACCUGAAAAGAUACUAAAAUCAUACUACUGUUCGAGGUUCUGCCGUAUAAAUGAAUCGAGCAGUAGAUAGUGUUAUAGUGAAAGAAAACAUGUCACAAAUGCAACCGCAACAUAAACAACACAAUGCCAUUAACUGAUAUUUGGUGCAUAUCCUAAUUUAUCGAGACUAAUUAAGAAACCAAGUUGUUUAUAACAUGGCGAUCUUGCACAGAGCACUCUUCACCUGGUUCAUUUUCUUAGUGUUUUUAAUAUUGCUAUGUCUCAGACUUGAAUCAAGAACUCAUUGGAAUUGGUUUAUUGUUUUUAUACCAAUGUGGGUAUACGAUAGCAUUCUAUUGAUAUACGUGCUAUUUCACAUGGUGUCUCACUGUAGAAAUGGCAUUGAGAGAUUUCGAGGCACCAUCAACAAACAUGUGUGGUAUAUUGCUGCUAUCGGGCUGAAAAUGGCAGCACAAAUCAUAAUUUGUAUAAAGCUGGAGUAUACUAAGGUAAAUCUGCCUAUAUAUGUGGUGAUGACCCCUAUAUGGAUGCUACUACCUGUUCUCUGUGUAGAAGUGUUUAUGCACCUAAUAAAACAUUCAAGUGGAAGCAGCUGGUACUGAUUGCCACAAGAGUUGUUGGUAUAACAAAACAACGCCCACCUGACACCUUAUUAACCAUCUAUAUACCUUGAACUAUUAUAAACACAACAUGUGACAUCGGUGGGUUAUAGAUAAUUUUAAACUUGGCACUGCUCAGUAUGUUUGCAUUAUGUCAAAAACGUUAGUGUGUGCUAAAAACCUUGGUGAUAUAACUAUUCCAUCAAAAUAGAAUAAACAGUGAAUAACCAUCGUUGAACGU